AUGCUCCAGAAGCAGAUGCCUGCCUGGCUCUCCCACUACCUACCAGACCUAUGCCAAGCAGAAGAUGGCAAGCCUUCAGCCCCCUGUGCCUUGGAGGGUGGGCUGUCUCCAUGCCAUCUCCUGACCGUGAAGGUCAUCCGGAUGAGAAAUGUCCGACAGGCUGAUAUGGUGAGCCAGACAGACUGCUUUGUGAGCCUCUGGCUGCCUACCGCUUCUCGUGAGAGGCUGAAGACUAGGACCAUCUCCAACUGCCCAAACCCAGAGUGGAAUGAAACCUUCAGCUUCCAGAUCCAGAGCCAAGUGAAGAAUGUGCUAGAGCUGAGCGUCUGUGAUGAAGACACACUGACACCAGAUGACCAUCUCUUGACAAUUCUCUAUGACCUCAGCAAACUCUGCUUCCGAAAGAAAACCCAUGUGAAGUUCCCACUCAACCCAGAGGGCAUGGAAGAGCUGGAGGUAGAGUUCUUGCUGGAAGAGAGUCCCUCUCCACCUGAGUCCCUCAUCACCAAUGGUGUGCUGGUGGCUCGUCAAGUCUCCUGCCUAGAGGUUCACACAGAAUGCAGGCAGCAGAAGAAGAGCAGCAAAGUGAAGGACCUCCUGGUGACAGUGAAGGAGUCCUUCGAGCACACCCAACGCGUCUCACACUGCCGGGAGCCGUGCUGCCCAAACCCGGCCUGCUUCCACUACCCCAAAUACUUCCAGCCCUGGAUGCACACGGAAGUGCCCAAGAGCCAGUGGAGCCAUGGGCUUUGCUGCUGCUGUGCACACAAGAAGAACAGCCUUGUCUGCCAGCCCCUUGAUUGCCUCCCUGAUGGCCAGACGGUGACCCUGCCAGUGGGUGAGAACUGCGCAUUACACAUGAAGACUACACCCUGCCCUCAGACGCUGGAUGUGCGGCUGGGCUUCAGCCUGUGUGCAGCAGAGCUGGAGUUCCUGCAGAAGCGGAAGGUGGUGGUGGCUCAGGCACUGAAACAGGUGCUGCAGCUGGAGGAGGACCUGCAUGUGGAUGAGGUACCACUGAUAGCCAUCAUGGCCACUGGGGGUGGAACAAGAUCCAUGACCGCCAUGUAUGGCCACCUGUUGGCGCUGCAGAAGCUGAACAUCCUGAACUGUGCCAGCUACAUCACGGGCCUGUCAGGGGCCACCUGGACCAUGGCUACCUUGUACCGUGACCCCAACUGGUCCUCCAAAAAUCUGGAGCCUGCCGUACUUGAGGCACGGAGGCAUGUGGUCAAGGACAAGAUGCCUGCCCUGUUCCCAGACCAGCUCUCCAAAUUCCAGGAGGAGCUUCGGCAGCGCAGUCAGGAAGGCUACAAGGUCACCUUUACAGAUUUCUGGGGCCUGCUGAUUGAGGCCUGUCUGGGGGAUGAGAGAAAUGAAUCCAAACUAUCAGAUCAGCGUGCUGCUUUGAGCCAAGGCCAGAACCCCCUGCCCAUCUACCUCACCAUCAAUGUCAAGGAUGAUGUAAGCAACCAGGAUUUCAGAGAGUGGUGCGAGUUCUCUCCCUACGAGGUGGGCCUGCAGAAGUAUGGGGCCUUCAUCCCCACAGAGCUCUUCGGCUCCAAGUUCUUCAUGGGGCGGCUGAUGAAGAGGAUCCCAGAGUCGCGGAUGUGCUACAUGCUAGGCUUGUGGAGCAGCAUCUUCUCCCUAAACCUGCUUGAUGCCUGGAAUCUGUCCCAAAGCUCGGAGGAGUUUUUCCACAGGUGGACGAGAGAGAGAGUACACGACAUCGAAGAUGAGCCACUCCUGCCUGAAAUCCCCAAAUGUGAUGCCAACGUCUUGGACACUGCGGUGGUGAUCCCAGGGUCAUGGCUGUCCAAUACUUUCCGCAGCAUCCUCACCCAUCGGGCCUUUGUGUCUCAGUUCCACAACUUCUUGUUGGGACUGCAGCUGCACACAGACUAUCUCCAGAACAGCCAGUUCUCCAUAUGGAGAGACACAGUGCUAGAUGGUUUCCCGAACCAGCUGACAGAGUCCGUGAACCAUUUGUGCCUGUUGGACACUGCAUUCUUCGUCAACUCCAGCUACCCGCCCCUCCUCAGGCCUGAGAGGAAAGUUGACCUCAUCAUUCACCUCAAUUACUGCGCUGGGUCCCAGACAAAGCCCAUGAAGCAAACAUGUGAGUACUGCACCAUGCAGAACAUCCCCUUCCCCAAAUACGAGCUGCAGGAGGAGGAGGACAACCUCAAGGAAUGCUACUUGAUGGAGAACUCCCAGGAACCGGAUGCCCCCAUUGUGAUUUUCUUCCCACUCAUCAAUGACACCUUCCAGAAGUACAAGGCCCCAGGUGUGGAGCGAAGCCCUGAGGAGCUGGAACAGGGUCACGUGGACAUUUAUGGCCCUCAAACUCCAUAUGCUACCAAGGAGUUGACAUACACAGAGGCUGCCUUUGACAAGCUGGUGAAGCUCUCUGAGUACAACAUCCUGAAUAACAAGGACAAGCUCCUUCAGGCCUUGAGGCUGGCGGUGGAGAGGAAGAAACGCCCGAAGAGCCAGUGUCCAUCCUAAGUCCCAGCCUCACUAAUCCCAUCUGCUUCUAAGGUUGGGGGCGAAGAGCCCAUUAGGGCUGACCGGCCUGCACAGCCAUCUCUGCUCUCUGGCAAGGGAUGUAGGCGGGCUGACCUGGGCUUUCUAUCAAAAAAAAAAAAAAAAAAUCAAAAAUUUUUAAAAGUUGAGGGAGAUAAAAAGAGAAAAAGGAACAUAACACAAGCAUGUGUCAGAAUUAUAUAGCCACAGGUAUUUUUUUAAACCUUUCCCUAAAGGGAAGGGGGUCCAUUAGCCACAGGGUCCCAUGCAUGCCCAAAGUGUGGAGAAUAAAAAUGUGGCUCAACGAAGAGACUGGUUCCCCAGAAACCUCAGCCUAUGAGCUGGAGCUCAAAGCCCUCUCGACUCUACUCCUCUCUGCCUCCUGGAACAGGGGGCCUCCAGGAAUAAACAAGAGGACCUGAGGAGGAUUCUGGGUUCUCUGGGGGAAAAAAUGCCUUUGUUAAAUUUAAGGCAAUUAUGUUCUUGUGAUUUUUAUAGGCUAUUAUAUUUUGUGGUUUUCAUUUUUAUGAAUCAGGGUAUCGAUAAAUAGUAUGAGGCUAGAAGGUCCAGGCAGAGCAUUAGACCGAGCGCUAGUCUCAUCAACAACAAAGCCAAACAAGUGACUGAUGGGUUUCAGCAGGCCCUCCCUAGCCACUCAGAGCCCCAGGAAUGGUGAUUCCCUGGGAUCUCCAUCAGGCAGCCUCAUCUGAGCACCCAGAUCCAAUGAAAUACCAGGCAAAGCCCAAAUCUGCAGCUCAGGUUCACUGAACAAGGAUCUGGGAUGUAGCUCAGGGACAUCUGAGCAGGUAAAUGGAGUCAGGCAUCAGGCCAGUGCUCACUGACCAACCUGCUCCAGGGGCUCUCCUCAGUUCUCUUCUCACCUUCUAGAUGGUUUCUCUGCCCUGCCCUGAGGGUUUCUAGAUGCGAUUAUUUAUUUCUAAAUGGGAUUCCCUUAUUUAUCAUGUAAGCACUGUGGCCAGUACAUCCCACCUCUUGGAGAGUUGCCCCAAGAGAAAAAAAUAGGAAGAAUCAACCCUUAAAGGAGUAGGUUAGCCUUGAGGAGGAAGCCCAUCCUUGCAGAAGGCUUGCAGAUAAAUCACUGGGGACACAGAGAAGCCCCGUCAAAGUAUCCAGGUCUCCCAUCAGGCUAGGAACUUGACUAAAGAAAUAUAUAACCUGAGCCACUGAGAUGCCCAGGCUGAUAGAAGGUGUGACCAGAAUGGCAUGUGGUUCUCAUGAAGCCCAGCAAAUCUGGAAGACUUGGCCGUCUUUCUUGGCCUCUAAGAAAGGCCGUGUUUCUUGCCUCCCUAAGCAGCCCUUUGGUUGUUAGGAAAUGAGUGGUGACAGGUAAUGAAAGUUCAGAAAAGUCAGCUUCCAAAAUCCAUCCUUACUACACAAAAUAUGUGGAGGUGUACUGGUUAGUAAUGCAGAACCUCUGGCCCCACCUGAGGUCUGCAUUUUAGGGAGAUUCCUACCUCCUUUGUGCUAAACCUCCUAUCCCAUCCUCAAGAUGGCUACACAUACUAAAUUUAAGAGGUAUGGAUUUAUGCCAUACUCUCCUAUAAGCUUGGAAAGCAGGACUCAAUCAACUCCCCUAAGCUACUGGUAAACAGGGCUCCUGGACCUGUAAAACUGGUCCCCACCCUCAGAUAAUGCCGACCUGGGACGCCACUCACCCCCUCCAUUUGAGCAGCCAACAGCUUCCACUUCAACAUCUUUUCUUUCCAUCUGCAAAAACAGGCUCUCCUUAAAUUAGAGUGAGCCACGCUGUAAGACCUGUUUGCUGCAACAGUGAAGACAGCCCUGCCUUGGAUUCAUCCAAGUGCGUACAAUGAGGCUCAUAAAAUCAUUGUAUUAUUUGAACACAGAAUAAAAUGGCCAUGUGGGGUAAAUGCUGUUGACUCAUCUUUAUUCAUUAUCCAAUGCUGCAAAACCAGCCCAACUCCUGCCCUCAUCCUGCCUGGGCUUCUUGCACACCACUGCCAGCAGUAUGCAAAGGCUAUUUCCAUCCAUCCCCUUCCUCCUCUGCUGUCUUGUGGUGGGGCGCUCCUCUGUUUUUAUGAAGCCGUGUCAGCCACCAGUAGAGCACCAGCUCUUGCUGCCUGAUGCUGUUUGAAGCUCAGAUGGUUUUCAGGACGCCCUGAGUGAGAGGAAGGAUGGGCAGCCAGCACCAGCUGAGCACCUAUGGAGCUCGGCAGUCGCCAAACAUUCUCUGCUUUUCAGGAACUUAAAUUUGAAUUGGGAUGGAGUGGGGCGAGGUGGGGGGACAUGAAAAGAUUUGUAUAUGAAUUUGAGAAAUUAAAUAGCGACUUAGCUUCUAAAACAAUGGUGGCAAUGUCACAGAGCAGGAAAGGAGCAGGGGGCAC